AUGGCCAUCGCCACGACCCAAAAAGCUGCCGUCAAAACUGGUGAGGGCGAUACUGCAAAGGUCGAGGUCAAGUCCAUUGAAGUCCCACAGCCAGCGCCCGAUCAAAUUCUCGUCAAAAUUAACUACAGCGGCCUCUGUGCCUCUGAUAAGUCCCUCCUGCAUGACGAAUGGGCUUUCUCAGGUGUGUCAAUGCAGCCUCAAACGAAGGGCAUCGCAGGCCACGAAGGUGCCGGUGUAGUCGUGGCCGUUGGAUCUGACGUCAGGGAUCUCUGGAAAGAAGGCGACCGAGCGGGCAUCAAGUGGAUUGCUAGUGUGUGCCGUAAGUGCGAGUUUUGCACCAACGGGGUCGACGAGUGCCAUUGUCCGAAGCAGCUGAACAGUGGGUUCAGCAUUGCGGGCACGUUUCAAGAAUAUGCGCUUACGGAUGGGCGGUAUGCGACUCGUUUGCCAGAUGGCGUCAAGGACGAGGAAGCUGGACCGAUUAUGUGCGGCGGUGUGACGGCGUAUGUAGCGUGCAAACGGAGCGCCGUGAAGCCCGGACAGUGGAUUGUGUUGCCGGGUGCCGGUGGUGGACUCGGUCAUCUAGCGGUGCAAUAUGCCAAAGCCAUGGGCAUGCGUGUCAUAGCCGUGGACGGUGGUGACGCGAAACGAGACCUUUGCUUAAAGCUUGGAGCAGAGAAAUUCAUUGAUUUCACCACCACCAAAGACAUUCCUGCCGAAGUGACGAAAAUCACAACAUACGGUGCUCAUGGUGUCGUUGUGACCGCAGCCACCAAGGCUGGCUAUGAGAUAGCGCCUAGCUUCCUUCGACCUGGAGGAACUAUGGUCUGCGUAGGUUUACCGAAAGAUGGCUCGAUCAUCGCGGGUGCGCCGCCGAUCGUAAUGUGUUUGAGAAAGUUGAACGUGGUGGGCAGUGUUGUUGGAACAUUGAAGGACGUCGAAGAGGCUCUCGACUUCACCGCUCGCGGUCUCGUGCGUCCGAUAUUAACGCAUGGUGGACUGGAAGACAUCAACAGGUUGUGCGAAGAAAUGAAUGCUGGAAAGCUUGCAGGGCGGGCUGUAAUUAAGAUUGCGGCGUAA